ACCCCCGCAAAUCACCUAACGUGGAUCGUUCCUAAGAUGGCGGCGGUUUCUGUCAGUAAGGAGUGAAACUUUGCUAUUUCAGUGAAUAUUUUGUCGUUUUUUAACCCGUUUAAUUGACCCAAGUCGCCUGAUUAUCAAAGUUGGCAUUGACGGAAUACGGAGGCAUUUGGUGGCAGUCGUCGGGACCGAGCAGCGUCGUUCUGGAAUCCGUUUUUCACCGCUAACUUGCUGGGUUUCCACGAAGUUGACGGUGGCUUGAUACCUGACAUUGCGGUCGAACGGACUGUUGUCGUUUCUGGAUUCGGUCAACGCGGAACGGACCGGUGAGAUUGGACUCGGCCGGGGUAAACUGGUUAGCUCGGCGGUCAAAGUGCGUCGACAACGACUCCCUAGCUUUCGGUUCAGCUGGGUUCCUGCGGGUCCCCGGUCGGAGAUCCCGUGGACGUGUCACGUCACCUGUCGGCUGAGACAGAUCGCUGGUGUUGGAUGUCACCGUCAGUCCGCGUCGGGCUCUACUGGGUUCGCUAGCGUCGCACCGCCAUCCUGGCAAAUCAAAUGGAGAAGCUCCAGGAUCUGAGCCAAUCAGAGCUCCAGGAGCUGCUGGACAGCCCAGAGAGGGUGGAGUCUAUGGCUCUGGAGUCUGACGAGAUCCAGAACAUCCAGCUGGAGAGAGAAAUGGCACUAGCAUCAAAUCGCAGUCUGGCGGAGCAAAACCUGGACGUGAAGCCUCGCCUGGAGUCCGAGAAGGAGGUACUGAUGGAAAGAUAUUCCCAGCUGGAGGCCAUCAGAGAAACCUACAGACAACACUGCUCCCUGAGAGAUGGGAUGGUGGGUCAGGUGUCCCCAGAGGCCUUGUUCUCCAGACUACAGACGGAGGGUAGCAAAACGGAGGAAGAGUCCGAGGCUCUAGCUGAUGAGUUUCUGGAGGGGUCUCUGUCACUGGACCCCUUCCUGGAUCGCUUCCUCUCCCUACGAUCGCUCGCUCACAAGAGACGGGUGCGGAUAGAGAAGCUCCAGGAGAUCCUACGGCAGAGGAGCGAGGGCAACCCCAACACCAUGACAUCAUCGGCGGGCGCCAGCCAGGACCCCGUCGCCACCGCCUCCCCUUGGAAUCAACAGGCGACAACGGCGGCGGCGACAAAUCCUCAGCAGCCAAACUCCACGCCCCAGCCCUCCGGCUACCAAAACGCCUCGCAGCCGGCCACCUCGUCUGCAGGCCCCCCCCCCGGUCUCGCCUAUAGCCCGUACCCCGCCUCCCCCCCCAACCAUGCCCCCGUGGCGGCAACAGGCUCCGUCCCGGCCAACACACCCUCACAGUACCCUCCGUACGCGGUUCCCGGCUCACCUUUUACCCCAGCAGGAAGCUACUCCGGGCCCAGGCCCGCUUUUGGGCCUCCGGCUGCAUCCACCUGCCCUUACCCAAACCCGCCCUCCUUUCCUACCCCACACCCCGGCUCUGCAUUCGGUCAGUACACCCCGAGCCAGCCCCAGAGCGGCCCCGCGCCCUACCCGGCCUCCUACAGCUACGGCGGCUACAGCUACCCAGCCGGGCCGGCGUAUUCCAAUCCCCAGUCGCCAACAGGGAGACCCAUCUACAGACCGGGAUACGGAGUUCCACAGCCGUACUCAUGAAAGCACCGCUGCUCCUCCGUCUCAAUUCUUCCUCUCAAAUCUUCCCUCUCUGGCUCUCUCACCUCCAGUCCUCCUCCCCCUUUGUUUCUCGUCCUCUGAGAUGUCACGCUUUACUUAUCUAUGUUGCACUAUUUCUCUCUUUCUCUAAAUAUCGGUCUGGUGACCUCUCCGGCUUACUCUCUUUUCUUUUCCCUGUCUCUGUCCCCCCUGACAACCCACCAACUCCCCCACACUAGUCUCAGGUUGUUGUGUUAAAGUGUUAAAACACUUGUAUCUGGCCCUUCACCCCCUCACUCCUAACCAUCUCACUCUUACCCUCUCCCAUUUCUUCUGUGUGUGUGUGUGUGUGUGUUGCUAUUUGGCAAUCAGAACGCCCUUCUAAGCACACAAGUGCACUCCCCCUUAUGACAAAUGCAUGUCUUUGUAACACCACCCCCGUGUCCAGUGGCUGUCUGAUCUACAUUGUUACUCAUGAGCACAAAGUGCGUAGGGAAAGCGGCUUGUGAUGGAACUGGCCUGUGGGCUCAUAUAAUGCAAACUGAGCCGGGAAUGGAUGGGGUGAGUUUAAGAUGCAGUAGCUGCUGGGUCUAUCAGCUCUUCCAGGCCCCCCCCCAUCCACCAUUAUACAUAUGCAGGGGUUGUAGACAUCGGGCAAAGAAACCUACUGCCCCUUUAACCCCCCUUUUGUUUCGUCAGCCAAAGAUCCCAGUGCUUUGUGUGUCUUCAUGUAAAGAGGAAGUCGCAGCUGUGCUGUUGGUUUGGUGACUGCUCGCUGUGCUAGUUGCAUCUUAGCUAACCGCUAACAUGCUAGCCACCUGGUAGUGAACCAAGCGUCUUCUGGCAUAUUUUCCCCUCAUCAGUUUGUAACACAUGUGUUACUUCUUUUUUGGGGGCAGUUCAACCUUGAGUCCCAGGAUGCGGACGGUGUGGACACGUGCUCGUUGGUAUUUCACUGAGGAACCCACAGAGUCCUGGUCUACUGAAACCUUUCCUUCCUGUCUGCCGUUGUCCCCACAACGAGUCUCAGGACGGCAGCUGUCGUCUUCAGCUGUUAGCCGUCCCUGUUGGCGGGUCCGAUCUUUUUAGCUUCAUGUAUGCGACUAGCAAGGCCAGACAGGAAGUGUAGUACUGUAGGAGGUUUGUAAAGUGUCAACUACAACGUGAGACGGAUUUGAGACAACAAGUUCAACUCCCCCUCAGAUUCGGUGCUUUUCAGAGCCCUGGAGCUUCUUUCCCCUUUUGAUACGCUUGUCUCUGGGGGUCUGUGCGGCGCAACCACACGGCCUGUUAAAGUGACGCUAUGAGCAAGGACAUUAAACCCUGGAUGUCGGGGGCAGUUCACAGUUUGAGCUCAGCAGACUUUCACUUCUUUGUAACACGUCUGUGUCCUCAUGCCUUCCUCCUCUUCUCCAUCACUCUCCUCCUCCUGUCAUCUGCUUGUUGAAUAUGAACUGAUGCUUGACAAUGAUAACCAGAAGAAAAUAGUUUUAUUUCUAUAAGUUCACGCUAUCCGUGAGAAUACAUGUGAUGUGUAUAGUUUAAUGAAGUGAAAAUAUAAAGUUGGAGCUCAGUUCUGUGUCAAUUUAAUCAAUACAAAUAAUAUCAUUGAAAUUGAAAUGUAGGUAAUUGAUGAAAGCUCAUUAAUGGAACUUUUAGAGGUACAUGCCACCUCUCUAAAUUUGUAUUACACUGUGGAAUAAACAUGAUGCUAUACUAUCUCAUGAAAUCGUUAACUGUCACAUUUCAUCAAAGUCAUCAUCAUUUCUCUUUAUUAACUUCUGUCCGUUACUUCAGGGUGUUCAUCGAUAUCGUCCACUAUUCAUAACGUUAGUGUAGGACCCCUAAUACAGACCUCAAACUCCCACUCAGCCUGAAAGCUCACAAAUAAAGUAAUGGAGGGAAUUCAGGGUAACUGCAACCAACAUGCCAAUACUACUACUAAUAAUAAUAUAUUUGAUAUAUAUAUGUGAGCUCCUGGUCUCUAAAAUGCUGCACAGCAAUUAACAGCAAGCAUGGGAGAGAGGUCAAGAUGACCCCUGAGUUGAAAGGUCCUCAUUGAAUCAUGAAAUCAUCGGGUAUGACGCUGCAUGUCAGACGUUGUUGGCCAGCGAAGCCGCAAGAAGCUUUCUCCUUGUGUCAGAAGCUUGACCCUAGUGUCCAAGCACAUUGGCCAUCGGUCACAUCUUUUACCACUAUAUCAUCUUGGAAAAUGAGGUAUUAUGUUCCAUUUGGAAAAUCUCUUUUCAAAUCUCAACACUUGGCUUCAUCAUUGAGCAGCUUUUCUUCACAUAAAACUGAAGUGAAGACAAAAUAACACAGUAAGUUGGGUUAUGGAAAAACAUCAAUAUUUGGGAAUAAGAUGUUGUACAAAGGUUUAGAUUUGAGCUACAAACCCACUUCGGCCUCAAACAGGUCACAGGUCAGGUCCAGCUCACGUACUUGGGAUCUGUUCUUAGUAUCUUGGACAUUUGAUUUCUGACAUGCUGGAUCAAAAUAUCACAGUGAGGAAGAAAUCCAUGCACAAGCAUUAAUGGAUUAGAAACAAUACCAUACUUACAUUACUAUACAUGUGUUACUGUGUGCAAAUCCUGUACGGAGGGGACUGUGCUAAGAACCCACAGACCUUCUGUGAGAUGAAUGAGCAGCUCAGAGGUGGUGGAGCGAGCUCCAGCUGAUCCGACUGAGCGGUUCUGGUUUCCUGCUGUCAGCGAGUCUGCAGCAAUCACCCUGUGAGAAGCUCUUGAUCUGCGAUGUGCAUGGAGAGUAAAGGCCCACCUGGUGUCCUACACACACACACACAGUACUUCUGCUACUUUACUUCUGUAUCACCUGGUUCAGUGAGUUCAUCCCAGACCAGUGUGGUUUUGGACUGCACUUCCUCCUCUGAUCAUAUUCACCUUUAAGAAAGCGAUAAUUCUUGUGGGUUGGUACCGAGAAGGAAGGAUGGCAGUAUUUUAGAAGAAGCACAAAUGUGAUGUAUUUAAACCACGCAGAAGGAAACAAUAUUUAGAUGGGUUUAUCUAUACUGUAAAUAAAUACGAUGAAUUAAUGGAUGUUAACGAGGACUGCUGAUUAUUAAAAAUACUUUGUUUUCUU